ACUUUUACUCUUGAAAAUUUCGACCGGAAUUGACGUCACCACACAUCAAUAUCCAGUUUGUGAGCGAGAGCUUCAACUCCAUUAUCAAUGGAUGAAGAAAACUCAAACACAGGCGUCAGUCUGACUCUCUCUUCUCUGCGGCUGCUGGUUCCACCACUGCACCUGAUGUCUGCCUUCAUGUGGCAGGUGCUGCAGCGGAAGAGUGUGAUGCAUUAUGGGAGGCUGGAGGAGUUUGUCUCCAUGGUGACAAAGACGCUGCCGCAGCUUCUCAGUUACAGACAGAGAGCUCAGCUGAGGCUGGGUCUGAGAGCGAGGAUGGUUUUGGAGCUGUGUCGCAGCCCAGCUGAUGUCAGAACCAUACAGACCCAUCUGGACCGAAUGCAGAUUCCAGCAGCGGCGGUUUCAGAGGGCGUCGAUGCUGACGUGAGACCUUUGGUUGCAAAUUUCAAGGCGUUGGUUCUGGCGCUGCUCAAAGACCCGGUUGAGAGAGCGUAUUUCUUUCAGGAAGUGUUUCCCGUGCAGUAUGGUGCUCAAUACGACACUGCUCUUAAAGAACUAAUGUGGGAUCUGCUCUCUCGCUUGGAGAAACUAUUUCCUGUUCCUGACUUGAAUAAAACAGUUUCGUGGCUCGCUACUGCCCCCGCUGGUUUGGAGGACAGCAUGCAGACGAAUCCAGAUGACCUGCAUGCUCUUCUGCAGCAGUACCAACUGUUCGGAGGUUCAGAAACUCCUUGUUGGCAGAAAAGCUCCAAACCGGGGUCUGUUCCUCUUUCCUCCGGUGACUGUAUCUUCUCCACGCUGUCCAUUCCUCCGUCGGUGCGAGUGCUUGUUGCCGCAGAGCCGCUUGUCUAUCACGUCCAAUCAACCAGCGUGGCCCUCCUGAAUCCCGCCGCUCUGGGUCACCUGGACACCAUCAUCGUCACCGACUACACAGAAGUGGAGCUCAGCACUCAGGAGGUGCUGGUGGAGGAGGAGGCUGUGACGAGCGCGUGUGUGCAGGAGAAGGAGGAGCAGAUCCUGUUAGCUGACGAAGCCGCCAGCUGUGCGCAUCAAACCACCUUAGAGGCCAAAACCACUCGACGUGACGUCACCUGUGAGAUUGCGAGCGUUGCCACAGCGACUACAUCCCAUAACGAGCUGGCCGUCACAAACCCACAGAAUGAGCAGAAUCUCCAGACGGGCGGAUCCGGUCAGCUGAGCUCACGAGAUGAGGACGACAGCACUAACAUCUCUCCUGAGGCUGGUGGAGACUCGUCUGGACUACAGGCGGUCGAAACACCACCUUUGAGUGAUGACGGCCGAACACCCGCGACACGGAGGAGACGAAGACGACCAAGGAACAGUGCUGACACCGCUGACAAAAACACUAGUAAAACUCGGCAGCGUCGAGCAGGACCUGUCAAACAGAACAGCACAGAAGAGAGGAGUGCAGACGCAUCACCUGCAGAAACUCCAGAUGCGGCGGAUGAGUUGUCGAGCAGACCUGUUGCAGAGAUCACAGCGUCACAUCAAACACACUCACCUACCACAACCGAGCCGGCGGCCUCCGACAACUCUUGCGCUCGACACGCGUGCAAAACCUGCGGCCGAAUGUUCACCCGCAGGUCCGACGUGCGGCGACACCAGCUGACCCACACGGGGGAACGUCCGUUCAGCUGCGGCCAGUGUGGCAAGUGGUUCCAGCACUCGUGGGAUCUGACCAAACACUGCCGCAAGACUCACGGCGAGGCCACCUUCACCUGCCAGCUGUGCCGGAGCACCUUCGCCAACCUGCGCGCGCUGACGGCCCACCACAAGAAGAGUCACUCCGGCGAGCUGCCGCAUUACUGCUCCAUCUGUGGCGAAGCCAGCCCGACGGCUGCCGCUCUCGUCGAGCACCGCAAGAACCACAGCGCCGCGCAGCGUUACCUGUGCGAGCAGUGCGGCGAGGGAUUCGACACCAUACGGCAGAGGUCCGCGCACCGCCAGUGCCACCGCAGGCGCCAGCAGUUCAAGUGCCCGCAGUGCGACAAGACGUACACGCGCCGCACGGACGUCAAGCGACACAUGCUCAGUCACACCGGCGAGCGGCCACAUCAGUGCUCCGUCUGCGGUAAACGCUUCGGCCUUCGCUCAGGCCUUCAGAAACACAUGGUCACCCAUACAGACGCGAGGCCCUUCCGCUGUCCACACUGCCCGAAGAGGUUCACGCAGCUUUCCAUCUUACACCGACACGAGCGCAUGCACACGGGCGAGCGGCCGUACCUUUGCUCGCAGUGCGGGAAGCGCUUUCUAUCGCACGGCGAGCUCAUCAAGCACAACAAGACCCACACAGAGGAGAGGCCGUACUCCUGCCCACAGUGUCACAAGGGCUUCAAGUUCAAAAGAGCUCUGCAGGAUCACCUGCUGUCUCACAGCGGUGCUCGACCCUACCCGUGCACCUAUUGCGACAAGAUGUUCGCCAAGCCCUUCGCCUUGAACCGCCACCAUCUGAUCCACACCGGCGAGAGGCCUUUCUCCUGCUCCCACUGCGACAGGCGCUUCCUCACCUCCAGCGAGCUGGCGCUUCACGAGCGCGUGCACACGGGCGAGCGGCCCUACUGCUGCUCCGUCUGUCCCAGAAAGUUCCGCAGCUCCUCUGAGCUGUCGAGACACAGACGCAGUCAUUCACAGGAGCGGCCGCACCGCUGCGGGUACUGUCCCAAAGCCUUCGCCAGCGCUGCCAAACUGAAAAACCACAUCCGAAUUCACACGGGCGAGAGGAAGCCCAGGCCCUCAGCAGGCGGUAACCUAACUGCAAGCGUGCCAGAGAUGGAGGCUAUAACGGUGAUUUUAUCCUAAGACUGAUGUGUGAUUCACAGUUUCUACAUGAUGAUUCCAGCUCUUUGUUUGUUGAUGUAACUUGGAAUUGUCGGCUGAAGAUCAGAUGAUGAGAGAUGUGCAAGUUUGUGUCUAUUAAUCUCUAGCUGCAUUUGAUAGUUCUCCAUCUUCACACCAAUAAAAAACUGAAUUCAUGUUUUAAAGGCUUUGUUUAUUUGCCUGCUGUUUGUUUUGAAGAUACUGAUAAAAUGUUCCUCUGUAUGACAAGUGUUGGUUUGUUUAUU